AUUUAACGUUCCCUAAAUUGUAAGACUAAAGAAUUUAGUAAUUAGUAUUAUUGUCUGUUAAAAUGUUAAUAUGUUUUGAAACGUUACAUAUUUGUAUAUAUAAUUAAAAAAUUAUGUCGCACUGUUAUUAAGUCAGUUUAUGUUGUUUCAUUCCUGUCUGCAUUAUUCCCAUUUGUCCAACAUUUUUGCAUACGCUUUAUUAGAAUAAAGCAAAAAAAAAGUUAUAAAAAAGGUUAUAAUUAGUAUAUAUGUAUUUAUAUUUAUUUAUUCAUUUACUUAUUUAUAUGUUUUUAUUUAAAAAACGAAGCAUGCCUGUUGGAUGAAUGUAAUAAAAAAUAUAAACAGAAAAAUUUUAGUCCUCAAAAAAUAUAAACCCAAAAGAAUUGCCCAAAGAGGGGAAACAUAACGAUGUCUAAUUUUUGCAUGAGAAUUUUUGUUUUUACCUUAUUAAUUUGGACACUAUAUGGUUCCAGUAAAGACAAUGUCGGUGAAGAGUGUUCUUAUCAGAGCAACCGAAGAAAGACGUUACAUCUAAGAGAUGGAAGAACAUUAAGUGAAGUUGCAAGCAGUGAAAUACAUUCCGGCUGCGAUAAUGAAAGCGCAAAAUUGUCAAAUACUGUGAAAAGCGAAAAAACUGGAGUUGAUGGGGAGGCAUCCUCUGGAAGUACCCAUCAACCCACGGAUGAAAAAGUUGCAGAAGAUAAGAAACAUCUUAAGGGCACAGGAAAUAAUGUUAAUGGCACAAGAAACAAUGUUAAUGGCACAGGAAAUAAGGUUGAUGGCACUAAAAGUAAAUCUUACAGAACAAAAAGAGAUGAUAUUCCUAUUACUCCUUUAUUUUUUGCAGAAUUGUUGUUGAAGGAACCAGAAAAGGGAAUUGAUAUAAUGAUGCUUUAUGCAGGAGGAUUUUUAAAAUAUGCGCGUAAUCGUUUUUUUUAA